UCAUCCAGCGCCAAUGGAAAGUGGGCCAGCGGGGCUCUGCUUCUUUGAUGCCGCAUCUAACCUUUUAAAAAGACCCACAUAAAAAAACACAAAUAAGUAAUUCCCGUGUCUUGUCCGACAUUUAUUUUCGACUGUGUUCGCGUUGGAUGGAGAUCGGACAAGUCGCAUACUGACGCCUUUAGCAUUAGCGUUAGCAUUAGCAAACAUCUGGCAGGCUUCAUUUCAGACAAAAAUGACGUUCGAGCGAGACUACAAGAACUACAAUUAUGACUGACUCCAAAUAUUUCACAACAAACAAAAAAGGGGAGAUCUUUGAGCUGAAGGCAGAGCUGAACAAUGAGAAGAAGGAGAAGCGAAAGGAGGCGGUCAAGAAGGUCAUCGCCGCCAUGACGGUGGGCAAAGAUGUCAGCUCUUUGUUCCCGGAUGUGGUCAACUGCAUGCAGACCGACAACCUGGAGCUGAAGAAGCUGGUGUACCUCUACUUGAUGAACUAUGCCAAGAGCCAGCCGGACAUGGCCAUCAUGGCGGUCAAUAGCUUCGUCAAGGACUGCGAGGACCCGAACCCCCUUAUUCGGGCCCUGGCCGUCCGCACUAUGGGCUGCAUCCGAGUGGACAAGAUCACGGAGUACCUGUGUGAGCCACUGAGGAAGUGUCUGAAGGACGAGGACCCGUACGUGAGGAAGACCGCGGCCGUGUGCGUGGCCAAGCUUCACGACAUCAACGCCCAGAUGGUGGAGGACCAGGGCUUCUUGGACUCGCUGAGGGAUCUCAUCGCCGACUCCAACCCCAUGGUCGUCGCCAACGCCGUGGCCGCCCUGUCGGAGAUCAGCGAGUCUCACCCCAACAGCAACCUGCUGGACCUCAACCCCCAGAACAUCAACAAGCUGCUGACGGCCCUUAACGAGUGCACGGAGUGGGGUCAGAUCUUCAUCCUGGACUGCCUGUCUAACUACAACCCCAAAGAUGAGCGUGAGGCUCAGAGCAUUUGCGAGCGCGUCACUCCCCGGCUCUCCCACGCCAACUCUGCCGUGGUUCUGUCGGCGGUCAAGGUGCUGAUGAAGUUCCUGGAGCUUCUGCCCAAAGACUCUGACUACUACAACACCUUGCUGAAGAAGCUAUCCCCGCCCCUCGUCACCUUGCUCUCCGGAGAGCCCGAGGUCCAGUACGUGGCGCUGAGGAACAUCAACCUCAUAGUGCAGAAAAGGCCUGAGAUCCUGAAGCAGGAAAUCAAAGUGUUCUUCGUCAAGUACAACGACCCCAUUUACGUGAAACUGGAGAAACUGGACAUCAUGAUCCGCUUGGCCUCUCAGGCUAACAUUGCCCAGGUGCUGGCUGAGUUAAAGGAAUACGCCACAGAGGUGGAUGUUGACUUUGUGCGCAAGGCUGUACGCGCCAUUGGCCGCUGUGCUAUCAAAGUUGAGCAAUCGGCAGAGCGCUGUGUCAGCACCUUGCUGGACCUCAUCCAGACCAAAGUCAACUACGUGGUUCAGGAGGCCAUUGUGGUCAUCAGGGACAUCUUCCGCAAGUACCCCAACAAGUACGAGAGCAUCAUCGCCACACUCUGUGAGAAUUUGGAUUCUCUGGAUGAGCCAGACGCUCGCGCCGCCAUGAUCUGGAUCGUCGGCGAGUACGCGGAGAGGAUUGACAACGCCGAUGAGCUCCUGGAGAGCUUCCUGGAGGGCUUCCAUGAUGAAAGCACGCAGGUGCAGCUCACUCUGCUGACCGCCAUCGUCAAGCUCUUCCUGAAGAAGCCAUCUGAGACGCAGGAGCUGGUGCAGCAGGUCCUCAGCUUGGCCACUCAGGACUCGGACAACCCGGACCUGCGCGACCGAGGCUACAUCUACUGGCGCCUGCUCUCCACCGACCCGGUCACCGCCAAGGAGGUGGUGCUGUCCGAGAAGCCGCUCAUCUCCGAGGAGACGGAUCUGAUCGAGCCCACUCUGCUGGAUGAGCUGAUCUGCCAUAUCGGCUCCCUGGCCUCGGUCUAUCACAAGCCGCCCAGCGCCUUUGUGGAGGGCAGCCACGGAAUCCACCGGAAACACCUCCCGGUCCAGCACAGCAGCAUCGACACAGGCGAGAGUCCAGUGAGCGGCGGGCCAGCGGCCGCCAUGGACCAACCACACGUCAUCCCCAGCCAGGGCGACCUGCUGGGUGACCUUCUCAACCUGGACCUGGGCCCUCCUGUCAACGUGCCCCAGGUGUCCUCCAUGCAGAUGGGCGCAGUGGACCUCCUGGGAGGGGGCCUGGACAGCUUGCUGGGGGGAGACCUCGGCGGAGGUGUUGGUGGAAGUCCAGCUGUGGGCCAGAACUUCAUCCCCUCGUCCGUUCCUAGCACGUUUGCUCCGUCGCCCACUCCGGCACCGCCGGCUGUCAGCAGCAGCGGCCUCAACGACUUGUUUGAGCUCUCCACGGGCAUGGCCAUCGCAUCUGGAGGCUACGUGGCACCCAAAGCUGUGUGGUUGCCCGCGGUGAAAGCCAAGGGACUGGAGAUCUCUGGAACGUUCUCUCGCCGCCAGGGCCACAUGUACAUGGACAUGACUUUCACCAACAAGGCCCUGCAGCACAUGACCGACUUUGCCGUCCAGUUCAACAAAAACAGCUUCGGCAUGAUCCCCACAAGCCCGCUGCCCGUUCACACUCCGCUGAUGCCCAGUCAGAGCAUUGACCUCUCUUUGCCCAUCAACACCAUCGGACCAGUCAUGAAGAUGGACCCUCUCAACAAUCUGCAGGUGGCUGUGAAGAACAACAUCGACGUCUUCUACUACAGCGUGCUCAUCCCGCUCAACAUUUUCUUCGUGGAGGAUGGGAAAAUGGAGCGCCAGGUGUUCCUUGCCACCUGGAAAGACAUCCCCAAUGAGAACGAGCUGCAGUACCAGAUAAAGGAGUGCCACCUAAAUGCAGACAUGGUGUCCGGCAAGCUGCAGAACAACAACAUCUACACCAUCGCCAAGAGGAACGUGGAGGGUCAGGACAUGCUCUACCAGUCCCUCAAACUCACCAACGGCAUUUGGAUCUUGGCUGAGCUCCGCAUCCAACCAGGCAAUCCCAACUACACGCUGUCUCUCAAGUGUCGGGCCCCGGAAGUGUCUCAGUACGUGUUCCAGAUGUACGACGCGGUGCUGAAGAACUGAGCGGCUCGCUUCUCCUGACCCGGCAUCGAACAAAGCAGCGUUAGCUCCCUGCCAAACAAAAAAUGUAAAAAAACAA